GCGGAGCCGCUAUUCCCCAUGGUCCUUACGGAGUCCCAGCAUCCACUACGGACUAUGAGAAAUAGAUUUAUCGACCGAGAGGGUGUUACACAGUUCUCACGUUAAGAAGAAACGAAACUGAAAGUGGAUCUAGAACACAAUCUUCCGAUUCUCUCUGUCAGUUCUUGGAGGUAGCAGCUGACAGCACAGUAAUCACUGCAAUUUAUGGACGACUCUGCACCAUGUCUGCCCAGCCACCGAGACCCUGCGCUUUCUGCCCUGAGCUGGAGGAGAAUGAAGAGAUUGGGAAAUUGCUGGUGUCACCUGAUGGGGCGAUUGUCGCUCACUCCAACUGCAUGCUCUUUUCACCUCAAGUGGUUUCAAAGGACACAUACUCUCAAGAUUUCUUCGGUGAACUAAAUGUUAAAUCUGUAGAAACCGAGAUAGAGAGAGCAAGAAAACUGAGAUGUUUUUAUUGUAAAGCUAAAGGUGCAUCUGUUGGCUGUAAUAACGAAACAUGCAGGAGGACAUAUCAUUAUCUAUGCGUAAAAAAAGCCAAUGGUAAAUACGUUUGUGAUCCCGAAAAAGAAAUCUAUAUUGCAUUUUGCUCAGAACAUAAAGAUACUGAAGAGAAUACUACAAACAUAUCAAGCCACUUGCCAAGAUCGCCUCCUGAAUCCCCAACGCCAGAGAAUCCAACCUCACAGUCACCAACACCAGAGUCACCAAAACUCCAGCACGAACUGGUGCGGGAAAUGAGGGCAGACAGAGGCGCAGCUCUUGAAGCUUACGAGCAGCUAAUGGCCAUUCAGGACAGACAAGCUAAAGCUAUGGAAGAUCUUGGAGCUACUAUGGCCUCUGGACAGGAGAGGGUGGCAGCUGGCAUGGAAAAAAUGGCAUCUGGGCAGGAGAGAAUGGCUGUUGCACUGGAGAAAAUGACAGAUGCACAGGAAAGACACAAUCAAUUUUUUGAUUCUAUGCUGCAAAGAGUAACUGCCCAAUUGAACCAGUCACAACGUGACCUUGUUCCAUCCAGCACAGAUGGCCACUCUCCACUUGGAAGAAGAAAGCAGAUAAAGAGGAGGAGACUUGAAAUGACCAGCUCAGUUAGGAAGAAAAGGAAAAUAGAAAAGCCUGAUGGUACUGCAGUGUCUGGGAGAUGCCCUCCUGAAAGCCAAUCAUUAAAUCAGGAAGAGCCAAAGACAGGGACUUCAGGAACACAGAGACUGCAACCUGCACUGCGACAGCAGUCGACAACGACACAUCAGCCGACACAGAGACAAGCGCCCUAUAUCACGCUGGCAGCUGCCUCUGUAGGAAGUGAUGGUGAGAUGCAGUUUGAGACAGAUGUGGAAUCAACUCUUGUUGAGGCAUCUGAAGAGUCACCUGAACAAUUAAAAGAUGGAGAAACGGUUGCAGAAGAUAUAACUGCUGAAAAUACAGUAGUCACAGACGAAGCACCAUCUUUUUACAAUCCUGUUUUAGAAAUGGAUUCAGAGAAGCAGCCUGCCACUAAUGUUCCUGUUUACCCAAUCAUUUCAAGUCCUUCAAAAACUUCUCCUGUAAUAAAACAGUGUACAAAGGAGCAACCUGUUGGCUCGUCAACUAAUGAGACUAAUAGCGCUCCCAGUAUAAAAGGAAAAACAGAAGAAAAGAAAAUUGUGUUACACCUGAGAAGAUUAAUCCCAUGGCUCCCAAACACUACUCAUACAAAUGGCAGAUCUCAUAUGAGGUCACUUGAUGGAUCAAUUAUUACAGAGCAUUGUAUAGAUGAACCGGCUGUAGAGAAUGUUAUGUUAACAGCGCAAGCAAUUGGUUGCAAAGUUAGGCUAGCCACGCAACUAAUAGAUUCUACAUAUGAUGAAGAAGAUAUGUGUGUGGCACAGCCUGUAGGAUCUUGUAUUGCUGAGAUUAUACCAGUGGCAAUGCCUAAUGAUCUUUUAAAUAAGUCAUCACAUGCUGAUUCUAUGGGCUACAUCAAACUUAACAGGCCAGUGAAUGAAAAGUCUGUGGUUUGUCCUAAUGUUAAGAUGCCUUUUGCUGUACAGCUAAAACGAGAAAUUAAGCUUUUAUAUAAACAAUCUACUAAGGUUCCCAAUUCAUUGGGAACAAUUCCGUCACUCUCUCCUCUUUCACAAGAUGUAUAUGAUAGCACAUCAGUAACUUGCCCGUCAGUCUCUCCUCUUGCACAACAUGUAUAUGGUGGCACAUCAGAAACAUGCCCAUCAGUCUCUCCUCUUGCACAAGAUGUAUAUGAUGGCACAUCAGGAACUUGCCCAUCAGUCUCUCCUCUUGCACAAGAUGUAUAUAGUGGCACAUCAGAAACAUGCCCAUCAGUCUCUCCUCUUGCACAAGAUGUAUAUGAUGGCACAUCAGGAACUUGCCCAUCAGUCUCUCCUCUUGCACAAGAUGUAUAUGGUGGCAUAUCAGGAACAUGCCCAUCAAUCUCUCCUCAUGCACAAUAUGAGUUUGAUGGCACAUCAGUAAAAUGCCCAUCAGUCUCUUCCCCUGCACAAGACGUAGAUGGUGGCACAUCAGGAUUUUGCCCAUUAGUCUCUCUUGCACAAGAUGUACAUGUUGGCACAUCAGGAACAUGCCCAUUAGUCUCUCCUUUUGCACAAGAUGUAUAUGAUGGCACAUCGGGAACAUGCCCAUCAAUCUCUUUUGCACAAGAUGUACAUGUUGACAUAUCAGGAACAUGUCCAUCAGUCUCUUCUCUUACACAUGAUGUGUAUGUGAGCACGUUAGUCUCUCCUCUUGCCCAAGAUGUACAUGUAGAACAACCAACCACGAGUCUCAUUGGCAUAGAUGACGCAUCUUUGGAAGAUCUACCUCAAGCUUUUACAUGUCCUGAUGUCAGGGCACCAGAAACCGAUAGAGAAGCACGACUUUCACAUUUUCCCAGUCCAGCAAAGAUAUCAGAGAUGUCAGCGAAACUUGUAACAGGGGCUCUUUCUAAACAGUUCAACUUCAGCAACAUUGCAAUGCAGAUUAAAAGCCCCAUAAGGUCUGCAAAACCCUCUUUAUCACACAGCAGCAAUGGUAAGGGAGUUUGAGGACAAUGACAAAAAUCCCUUGAGGACAUACAGCUAUUGCUAUUAAAUAACAAUAAUGUGAAACACAUAUUGGAGCUGAUUCUGAGUGGCAGGCACAGUAGCUGUAGCUGCAGGCAGCCGAGGAAACCUGAUUUGCCACCUUAUGCUAAUAUGAAAAUCCGUAGGACUAGUGCGAAGAUUCCUGCAACUACCAGCGGAAAGCUGCUCUGCUCACUGACAUUAACCAGCUGCCACAACAGUCAUCAUUAGUAUUAGCCCUUGCACCAACCCCCAGCUAGGCGCAAAAGAUAUGUCAGAAACAGGCUUCCCUUCCUGUAUGCAUGACCCAGGAUCUCAAGGAGCAUUGGAUACACGCCUACUAGACAGGGCUGUACCUUGCACUCACAUUGUCACUGACAGUUGCCAAACCGAAAUACUGUACACAAUUUCACGGAACGAUAGAUCCAACCAAGGCCCUUAUUCAGAGUUGAUCACUAGCUGCCGUUGUUCGCUGCACAGCGACCAUUUAAAAAGGCAAAACUGUACUUCCGGUGGGCGGGGCAUCCAGCAUGGCCGCAUUUUAGUUGUGCUCCCAGUGGCAACUUUCUAAUCUAUCCUCAUCCUCCUCUUAAUUUCACUUUCCAGCUCGGAUAGUUUAUUGUUGGGAAAGAUCUCACAGAGUGGGGGAGAUUGAUGCCACUUUUGCCCAGGAGCGAUCUUUUUACACCGGAGUCAGGCCUUCGAGACGGAUGGCCUAUGUAACAGCCUGAGACGCCAUUCCCUGCACGUCCCCGGUGGAAUAAGGACAAUACCUUUCCUUGAUUGAUGCACCACACCUGGCUUCCCCUGGCAAGUUCCUGGCUGUGGGCUGAGAAAGCGGAGAGAGGCAUGGAAAGUGCGGCGUUGGAGUCCCGCUGCCCGCAGUCUCCCUGCUGUGCUUUGAUCUGGCCGUGUUGGCACGAUCUGAGGUCUCACCACGCUAACAGCUUUCCUCUCUCUCACCGGAGGCACUGUGGCCGGUGCAUCGGCGUGCUGCUAGCUCCGGCGGUGUAGCGCUACUCCUGGCUGGUCUCCACACGAGUGGAGCUGGGACGGUCCUACCAGGUGAAAGCGGGAGACUCCAGACCUGACUUGGAGCGCUGCUGGGUGCAUAUGCGGCGAAGAAGCGGCUGGGGGAUUCUUCACUGUACAUCUGCUGGGGGCUCUGGAGGCUGCCUUCACUGGCUUGCUCCCCUAGCCUCCCUGGACCUGCUGCCGAGCUGUCUCACCAUCUGAGUACACCCUCUGUUGCCACGGCCGAAGCUAUCUGCUGAUGCCUGAAUUCCCUCCUGGGCGGGUGGUUUGUACCACUGAUUGCAGGCACAGCCCGACUGGUACACCUGCUAACCUGCUGCCUCACACUGCUGCCAUACCAAGACUUCCCAGAAGUGGACCUGACGCGGACAGGCUUGCGGGGCGUCCUCGUGAGGACUUCACCCAUCCAUUGUCGGAUCCUGGUGACGAGGAAUCCUGACCGCAGGAGUCUGAAGGGUCGGGACGAAGGCUUCCACACCUCUCUGACAGCUAUCCACCUGGUGCUUAUCCAGAGAGGGCGCACACAUUCCCCAACCACGCAGAUUCAUCUCCUGUUAACCCGGUAUUUGUCUCCCUCCUACUAAUAUCUCUUCCCUUCCCACCAAGUGUGUUAUCCUGCUCCCCCAAACCCAUACUUUCCCUCCUUCUCUCCUUAUCCUCCCCCCCUUUUUUUCUUUCUCCCUAAUAUAGGUGACAACUAUUCCCACUCUUGGUCCAAGGUCUCAUAAACUGUCCUAACAUUCCCAUUGGUCCUACAUACAGGGACAUUCCCACAGGACAGUGCCCCUCUUAACCUGCAUUUGUGAGUUAAUAAAUAGUGCUUUGCCCUGCUUCAUUGAGACACAACCGUGGACAAAGUGCUAUACCUUGCCUUGUUGAAAGAGACUUUGCAUUUAUUCUUCGUUUUGUGCUAUAGGAUCAUAUUCUCCUGCAUGCUAUCAGUUAUAAUUCCUCAGUUUUUGUUUUUUUUAGUUUUGUAGUGUUUUUCCCCCCCUCUUCACUGUGGGUAGUUAAUACUCAUUAUAGAAGGUGUUUGGAUGUUUGCAGACUGUUGCCAUUCAUAACCAACGCAACAGUGCCAUCUAGUGGCCCAGAGUUAUAUAAUUGGUUCUUAUUCUCUAA